AUGUUUCGUUUUGCAGCAGCAGCAGCAGCAGCAGCAGCGACGGCAGCGGGCAGGGUUCGAGGUAAAGUCGGCACGCACCCACAAGCAGCCUGGCGCAACAUAUCUAAACGGGAGAGCCAAGUCGAAACGUUCUCGAAGCCUGGGAAUUUGACGAACGCCCCCCAGAACCGGGCCGCGCGUUCGCAUUUGGAUGGAUUGGACGUUGCAUGGGUGAUCAGACACCAGCAAGCCACCAGUGGAGAUCAGGGAGGGUGGUAG